CAUUUUAAUAUUUUUAGUUUUCUGUUAGUUUCUUUCUCGAGUUUCGAUCUUCACUAUCCCCUUCGAAAAAUUUGAAAAUCUCUCCAGUUUCAAACGCACUUACCUUCAACAAGAUCUAAGCAUUCACUGCCUCUGCCGACAUGAAUUUGCAAAUCUUGUGACUGUUUUCGGUUUAUUAUUUCUGUCGUGACUGUAAUGGAGUUCACUGAAGCUUAUAAACAGACCGGGCCGUGUUGUUUUUCGCCUAACUCGCGUUACGUAGCUGUGGCCGUCGAUUAUCGUCUCGUCAUACGGGAUACUCACUCGUUUAAGGUUGUGCAGUUGUUUUCAUGCUUGGAUAAGAUAAGCUAUAUCGAAUGGGCACUUGAUUCUGAAUAUAUUCUUUGUGGUCUUUAUAAAAGACCAAUGAUACAGGCAUGGUCAUUGACCCAACCUGAAUGGACAUGCAAGAUAGAUGAAGGUCCUGCAGGCAUUGCCUAUGCUAGAUGGAGUCCAGAUAGCCGUCACAUACUUACCACAUCAGAUUUUCAGCUGCGAUUAACAGUUUGGUCACUACUGAACACAGCAUGUGUUCAUGUGCAAUGGCCCAAGCAUGCUUCCAAGGGGGUCUCUUUUACCCAAGAUGGGAAAUUUGCUGCCAUUUGUACCAGACGUGAUUGCAAGGACUAUAUAAAUCUGCUCUCCUGCCAUUCUUGGGAGAUAAUGGGUGUCUUUGCUGUUGAUACAUUGGAUUUGGCUGAUAUUCAAUGGUCACCUGAUGAUAGCUCUAUAGUGAUUUGGGAUUCACCUUUGGAAUAUAAGGUUCUAAUUUACUCUCCAGAUGGAAGGUGUCUAUUCAAGUAUCAAGCAUAUGAAAGUGGACUUGGAGUAAAAAGUGUUUCAUGGUCUCCAUGUGGCCAGUUUCUAGCUGUGGGUAGUUAUGACCAGAUGUUGCGAGUAUUGAGUCACCUGACUUGGAAAACAUUUGCUGAAUUUAUUCACCUAUCAACUGUACGUGCUCCUUGUUUUGCUGCUGUUUUCAAGGAGGUAGAUGAACCAUUGCAGCUUGAUAUGUCUGAUUUAUGUUUGAGUGAUGAUUUUAUGCAAGGCAGUUCUGAAGAUGCAUCAGAUGGACACUUCAGAGUUAGAUACGACGUUGUGGAAGUGCCAAUUACUUUGCCUUUUCAGAAGCCUCCUGCCGACAAACCCAACCCUAAACAAGGAAUUGGCCUUAUGUCAUGGAGCAGUGAUAGUCAAUAUAUUUGCACUCGUAAUGAUAGCAUGCCAACUGCUCUUUGGAUAUGGGACAUUCGUCGUCUUGAACUUGCUGCCAUUCUGAUACAGAAGGACCCUAUCCGAUCAGCAGCAUGGGACCCAACAUGUGCACGUCUUGUUCUAUGCACUGGAAGUUCUCACUUGUAUAUGUGGACCCCUUCCGGUGCCUACUGUGUGAGUAAUCCACUACCACAGUUCAACAUAAUUGAUCUGAAAUGGAAUCCAAAUGGAAGCUGUCUUCUCCUCAAAGACAAAGAGUCAUUCUGCUGUGCUGCUGUGGAUGUGCUGCCGGAAUCCAGUGACUAUAGCUCAGAUGAUUAAAGCAAUGUUUCAUGUCAUAAUCUGGAUGGCAUGCAACUAUUUGAAAGAAUGUGAGCAAUUGUGAUUCCCCCUUUCCAAUUACCUCAUUGUAGUCCAGGCUAUGCAAUCGUUGCUGUUGUGUUGUAACAUUACCUUGUCUAGGGACACUUUUCUUUCCAUUUAGUUUCUAUGUAUAGUUGGGAAAGGAAAGUGGAAAGGUAGGAUUACAUUUCUGUGGGUUAUGGGGAGACAGUAUCCUACAUUUUGCUAAAUGUCUCCUUUAUGUAGGACAAUCUCAAAGAUUUGCUACAUGGGAUUCUGAUUCCAUGAGUCAUUUGUUUUUCAUUCUUUCUGCUUCUGGCCUCCACUGAACAUGUGAUUUGAAAUAGGUAGUUUGACGGUAAGAAAGAUGAAAUUCAACAAUUUUGAUAAACUUGGAAAAUAAUUAUAUCUUCUCUGCA